AUGUCCAGUCGCUUCUCUGUAUAUUCCGCCCACUCGGCGGCUCUGGCCCCGAGUUCGACCGUAUCAACCGCCUCUCUGUUGAACGCCCUUCAUGCCUACUACACCUCCGGACAACCGUACCAGUUGGACGCCGGAACAAGUCUCGUCGUGAACACCUGGGUGACUGCCACGCAACCAAACCCUGAAGGUCACGGUGGCGGCGUCAUUGAUCGAGAGUUAGCCGUCAAAGCAUGGGAACAUGCAAGACGGCGUGCGGAGGAUGGGUGCAUCGUCCUGUGCUCUACACAUCACUCCUCUCCGUCCAUCUUGGAGCCUUUUCUCGCCGCUCUUCCCCUCUCCACACCGGGCAUCGCCUUUGCCGCCUUGACCGCGCUCAGGCCAUUCUUGACCGCGGUAACAUCCUUCAACCCAUCAUACUCUCUCUACUCCGCCCUCUCCGCAUACUACACCCUCACCCUCAAAGGUGAUAUCGUGAGCCUGUCGUUGGCUCUGUCCACCUCCGGUAUCAAUGUCCAAAAAGGUCUUCUGGACAUCCCCUCCGAGUCCGGCUACCGCGCUUUCGAUGUAUUCUACUAUCUUCUCACCUCGGCAUCGACUCCAGCCGAGCGCGAGUUCCUUGACCUGAAAGACCCGUCCGCAUACGCAUUGCUGAACAAGUCCAAUACCUACACCCCUCCGUCCUAUCUUCCCACGGCCGACGAUGCCGCUGCGGCGGAGGAUUUCCGGGCAGCGUUGAAGGCCAUCGGCAUCAAGGGUGCUGCCCACCGGGGUCUCCUGUCCGUUCUUGCCGGCUUGCUCAAACUGGGCAAUGCGGCAGGCUUCCUCGCGGAUCAGGAAGAACUCGAGGAGGCGUGUGAGGACGUUGGCGGUCUUUUGGGUCUCGACCCUGAGGUCCUCCUCCACAAGUGCUCGACUGAUGAUCGUCAGAUGCUGAUCUCCGGGGUUUAUGAGGCUCUGGUUGACUGGGUUAUUGGCAAGGCCAAUGAAGCCAUCGCGGCGGAGAUCCAGGCCAUGCACGAGGGCUCAGGCCAAGCCGGGCAAUGGGCGGAUGACGACACUGUGAGCAUCACCGUAGUCGACAUUCCCAGACCUGCCUUUGGAAAAGCUCUGGCAAUGAGGGGUGCGUUUGACGAUACUCUCGGAAUCAACGCCGAAAUGAAGGAAGACGGCGUUCCUGUGCCCCCUGUUCCCAGCACAGUGAUGAACGAGAUGACCACUGCUUUAUCUCAGGUGGAGGCUGAUCUCGGGGUCACGACCGGUCAGGCCUGGCGUGAACGCGAAUACGAGUUGGACAAGAGACAAGGGGUUUUGGAGAGGGUUGGUCUGGAGGUGGAUAUGGAUGCCUUCCUUCGGCAGCUCCUCUUUCCAGUAGAGUCCGAAGGAAUUUCGGUGGGCAAGAAAGGUCGGUUCGAUCUGGCGACGACCUUGGGUAGCAGUAGGGUUUGGCACCAUAUCUCGAUCCACCCCACCGACGACUUGCCCGAAACGUUGAACCCGGCGAUGCCUACGGCGGCGUGGUCGGCGAGCGCUGUCUCUCGUCAAAUCCGGGAAUGGAGAUUGGCCGAAUGGGCCAAUCGUCGCCUCAAGCAGCUCGAUUUCACCGCCGAUUUCGACGUCGAGGAAUUUGUGGGCAGGUACUCCCGUCUUGGUUGCGCCGAGGGUCGGGACGGCGUCGAAAAUUGGCUGGUGGAGAGAGGUUGGACCAACGGGGAUGCUUUCGUCGGCCACCAGCGAAUCUGGAUGAGAGAAAAUGCAUGGUGGGAGGCUGAAUCCAUGCUCGACCUGAAGCCUGAAGAACAUCCAGUAGCGAACCCAUUCGUCUACGGCGCGGGCAUGCUUGACAAUGGCUCCUCCCCGUACGCCAGUCAGCCGAUGAUCGCCGAGUCGACCAGCCUUUUGGACAGCCGUGAUAACAUAGCACAGCGGCAGAGCAUGCUCGCACCCAGUGUCAUCGGUGGCGCAAAAUCCAUUGCUCCCAGCGCGCCGCAGACGCUGAGUCGGGGUGGUGAUUAUGGUUUGGGCACCAAGGGUGACGAUAAAAAAUACGACAACCCGUACUUCGACGAUGAAGGCCGGUACCUAGGAGAAUUGGACCCGGAAUUCGGUGAUCCCAAACAUAUUGAGAAAAAAGAGAUUACUCUCACCCGCCGCGUCUGGGCAGGUUUUGUGUGGGCUCUGACCUUCUGGAUCCCAUCCUUCGUGCUCCGCUUCAUCGGUCGGAUGAAGCGCCCUGAUGUCCGGAUGGCGUGGAGAGAAAAGCUCGUGCUUGUGUUCCUGAUCCUUUUGUUCAACGCUAUUGUAUGUUUCUACAUUAUUGCGUUCGGCGACUUGCUUUGCCCCAACAAGGACAAGGUCUGGAACUCGAAGGAAGUGGGCUAUCACCAAGGAGCCAACGAUUUCUACGUCAGCAUCCACGGCAAGGUCUACGAUAUCAGCAAGUUCUGGAAGUUGCAACACAGUGACACCAACAUUGAGACGACCACCUCUAAUAUGGAGCCAUUCAUGGGUCAGAAUCUGGACGCUUACUUUCCCCCGCCCUUGACUCGUGUUUGUUCGCCAUUCGUGACGGAUCAGACAAUUCAACUCCAGAACAAUGACACCAAUGCCGUCUUGUACCCUAAUGCCAAGCAUACCUGUGGUCCCAAGUUGCAACCCGACACCAGCACGAAACUGCAUGAAAUCACUUGGUAUGAGAACGUCUUCCUUCCAAAGAUCGACGAUUACUAUAAGGGGGCACUUGUUUGGAAACGGGAAGACGUCGCGAAGCAGGCUGAUGUCUCUUCUCGGUAUUGGGUGAUCAAGGAUGAGAAGAUUUACGACCUGACAGAUUACUUCUACACCCUCAAGAUGAUGAACAACAUCGACACCUACAGCUUUUUGCCAAGCAGCAUCACGGAACUGGUCAAGAGCAACCCUGGCACGGACGUCACGGACAAGUGGCCGAAUACGACAGAAACUCGAGAGGCUCAGAAGUGUCUCGACUACGUGUUCUACAAAGGCAAAGUGGACUUCCGUGACAGUCCUAGAUGCACAGUUAACAACUGGAUUAUGCUGGCGUUUGCCAUUCUCAUUUGUAGCGUCAUCCUGAUCAAGUUUUUGGCCGCCCUCCAGCUUGGAUCGAAGCGUCGUCCCGCCCCGCAGGAUAAGUUCGUCAUUUGCCUUGUACCUGCGUACACUGAGGGCGAGGAUGCGUUGCGCAAGGGUCUCGACUCCCUCACUGCUCUCCAGUAUGACAACAAGAGGAAACUCAUCUAUGUCAUCUGUGAUGGUAUGAUUGUUGGUGGCGGUAAUGAUCGCCCAACGCCCAAGAUCGUCCUUGACAUUCUAGGUGUGGACCCUAAGAUCGAUCCGCCUGCGUUACCGUUCAAGUCCGUGGGCCAGGGAAGCGAACAGCUCAAUUAUGGCAAGGUUUACUCCGGUCUCUAUGAGUACGAGGGUAACGUUGUGCCAUAUGUCGUCGUCGUGAAGGUCGGAAAAGAGUCGGAGCAAAACAAAGCCAAACCCGGAAACCGUGGUAAGCGUGACUCGCAGAUCCAGCUGCUCGGCUUCCUGAACCGGGUGCAUCACCGUGCUCCGAUGUCGCCUCUGGAGUUAGAAAUCUUCCACCAGAUCAACAACGUGAUUGGAGUGGAUCCUGAAUUGUAUGAGUAUGUUCUGAUGGUCGACGCCGAUACGAGCGUACGAGAGGAUUCCUUGAAUCGGCUGGUUGCUGCGUGUGCCAAUGAUGCGCGCAUCGCCGGUAUUUGUGGUGAAACUAGUCUUCAGAAUGAAGAGCGCAGCUGGUGGACAAUGAUCCAGGUUUAUGAGUACUAUAUCUCUCAUCAUCUGGCCAAGGCUUUCGAAUCGCUCUUCGGCAGUGUCACCUGUCUUCCUGGAUGCUUCUGCAUGUAUCGACUGAGAACUGCAGACAAGGGUCGUCCGUUGAUUAUCUCGGAUAAAGUUCUCAAAGAGUACGCCGACAACGAUGUGGACACCCUUCACAAGAAGAAUCUGCUUUCGUUGGGUGAGGAUCGUUACUUGACGACCUUGAUGACGAAACACUUCCCUACUAUGUCUUAUAAGUUCAUUCCCGAUGCCUACGCUAGCACCGCGGCCCCGGAGACAUGGUCUGUGCUUCUCUCGCAGCGACGGCGCUGGAUCAAUUCCACCAUACACAACUUGGCGGUACUGGCGGCUUUGGAAGAUCUUUGCGGUUUCUGCUGCUUCAGUAUGCGAUUCGUCGUUCUCGUCGAUCUGAUAGGAACGGUCAUCCUUCCGGCUACCUGUGUCUACAUUGUAUACCUGAUCUAUCGCGUUGCCAGCCACACUGGACCCUUCCCUCUGAUCUCGAUCAUUAUGUUGGCUGGUGUGUACGGACUCCAGGCGAUCAUCUUUAUCGUGAAACGCCAGUGGCAGCACAUCGGUUGGAUGAUCAUCUACCUCUGUGCCUAUCCCAUCUACAGUUUCGUUCUCCCUCUGUAUUCCUUCUGGAAGCAGGAUGAUUUCAGUUGGGGUAACACCCGUGUUGUCAUUGGGGAGAAAGGAUCUAAGCGUGUUGUUGCUGUGGAAGACGAAGGCUUUGAUCCUCGCAGCAUCCCUCUCCAGCGAUGGGACGACUAUGCUCUUGCCAACAAUCUGCCAGGCCGCCGUGGCGACUUUGCCAUGGGCCAGGAGAAGGUGUACGGAGGUCGCUUUAUGGAUGAUAUGACGAUGGAGAUGGACGAUAUGCAUUCGCAGUACUCGUCCGUGAAGCCCGCUUCAACGAUCUUGACCGGGUUCCCUGGCCAUGGCCGGAACGUCAGUCCCUACAUGCCGCCUCAAUCUCCCGGCCCGUACGCCAAUGUGCCAGGCAACAGACACUCCCACAUGUCGAGCUUCACGCGAUACACCGACCAACCUUUCCUGGGCCACGCAGGACCCCAGGCAUCUCGUAAUAUGUCGAUGGGCAACGUCAGCCAGUUCCCCGAGAGUGUGGUGGGCGGUACCAACCGGCAUAGCGUUGGCAUGAUGCAGAGCACCGAUAAUCUCCUCGGCGUGCCGCGACCCAGCUCUCGAAGCCCGGUUGGCGGUGCUGCUAGCGGAUUUGCAUCUCGACCCCACAGUGCAUUUGACUUCCGCAGUGGCAGCGGUCCGGAUGAAAUGGCGAUUACGGAGGCCAUUCGCGCAUGCCUGGCGGAGGUUGACUUGGACACCGUGACGAAGAAACAAGUUCGUGCAUUGGUUGAGCAACGACUUCAGACGACUUUGACGGGAGAAAAGCGUGCGUUCCUGGACCGGCAGAUUGAUACCGAGCUGGCCAACAUGUAA